AUGAAAGGAUUGCUUUCGCUGCUGGUGGUGCUAGCCGCCACCAUUGUGCUUAGUGACGUGGCGCAUGGAUUAUUGCGCGAAGCAUGGUUCGAAACUCGUGUCGAUCACUUCAAUCCACGCAAUCAGGACAAGUUUGCGAUGCGGUACUACAUCAACGAUGAACACGCGUACGCCCGUGGUCCAAUCUUUGUUGUGGUCGGUGCCGCCGGGCCCGUGCAGAUACGGUGGCUCACUGAGGGACUGUUUUACGACACGGCGUAUCUCGAGGGUGCCUAUCUGUUUGCGAACGAGCUACGAUACUUCGGUUACAGUCUUCCGGUAGAAAAUGCAGAGACAGAAAACCUGGACUUCCUGAACGCUGAUCAAGCGCUGGCAGAUUUAGCCGAAUGGAUAACCUACCUAAAGCUGACGUACGUUAACAACCCGAACGCGAAAGUCAUCCUGAUGGGAACAGCGUACGGAGGUGCACUAGCUACCUGGUUCCGCCAGAAGUACCCGCAUCUGGUUAGUGGUGUGUGGGUAUCGAGUGGUGCGAUCGAAGCCGAUUUUGCGUUCCCCCGGUACAACGUCGCACUGGGAGAGAGCAUCCGGCAGUAUGGUAGUGACGCAUGCUACAGCACCAUCUGGAGUGGAUUCCGUGUGGCACAAAACAUGGCACAUCUUGGCUUUGCCGAUCUGCUUUCAACCGAGUUCCAUCUGUGCGAACCGCUCGACACCGACAACGAGCUGGAAGUGCAUGCCUUCCUGCUCGGACUGCGGGACGACAUCGAGUUCGAGAUGCUGCAUCUGCGCAACAUCAACUCGAUCCGCGAGAUGUGUGCAGAUCUGGAGCAGCAUCGGGACAGCAGCCUGAACGCGCUGAUCGAUUGGUUUGCCCGUGAACAUCAGUACGAACAGUGUGUGCACUUGAACUUUGACAGCUACAUGGAGCGAUACCUCGAGACGGACUUUAACGCCGCAAACCUGCAGGCCGGCCACCGUCAGCGGCUCUAUCUCCAAUGCACGGAGGAAGGCUUCUUCCCGACGACAUCCGAAUCGGAAGAUCAACCAUUCGGUAACAUGAUCGGACCAGACUUUUUCGUGCAAGUGUGUCAGCGUGCGUUCGGCGAAUGGUUGACCGAGGACGUGAUCUUCAAACAGCUCAGCUCAACGAACAUCCGCUUCGGUGGACUGCAGCCAGCGAUCGAGCGUGCGCACUUCACGAAUGGUGGAGUUGAUCCGUACCGUGUGGGUAGCCCGGUGGAGGAUCUUAACCCGAAAGCACCUGCCACACUCAUCCCGGACACGUUCGUAUCGCCCGAUCUAGACUCGAUCGAUUACGAAAACGAUUCGGAAGAGCUGAUUGCCGCCAAGGAACGCACGAGAACGCUUAUCGACACGUGGAUAUUCGAGGAAUUUGAACCAAUCCGCGCUUAA